AUGGAGCAGCUGCUCAGUCAGCCGCUGCAGCAGCUGCUGCAGUCCCCGCUGCUGCAGGAGCAGCGGCCUGCGUCUUCACUUUAUAAGCAGCCAGAGGAUGAGCCCGAGCAGCAGCAGCAGCAGCAGCAGCAGCAGCAACAGCAGCAACAGCAGCAGGAGAAUAAAGGGGAGCUGCUGCAGCAGGAAAAGGAGUUGCUGCAGCAGCAAAAAGCCCAAGCAGAGCUCUGUACCUUUCAGUAUAGUUUGAUGGGGGCCCCCGCGGGGGCCCCCCGAGAGGCCCGUAUGUGGGGUACAGAGAAGCUGCCAGAUAUGCUGCCUCCUAGCGUGAGUGCUGCUGCUGCUGCAGCAGCACUCAGCAGCAGCAGCAGCAGCAGCAGCAGCAGCAGCAGCAGCAGCAGUGGGUUUGAAUGCUUCAUCGAUGACAUGACAGUCUCUGACUUUUUGGGGUCACUGCAGCAGCGGGUGUUGUGGUACAGUAAGCUGGAGCGUCAGGUGCAGCAGCUGCAGCAGCAGCAGCAGCAGCAGGAGACGUUGCUGCGUGAUGGCCUCAUGCUGCAUCUAUCUCUUUCUCUCUUCUCUCUCUUUCCUUCUCGCUUCAGUCACCAGGGGGCGCAGCAGAACUCCCUCCACUUUCCCGCGUACCGUGUGUCUCCGUCUGCUGCUGUUGCUGGGGGCCUUGCUCCUCUUGCUGCAUACGGUGGCAGCAGCAGCAACGUUGCUGCUGCUGCUGCUGCUCACGCCCUGCAGCAGCAAACUGCAGCUCUUAAUGCAGCAGGAGACGCUGCAGCACCCACCAACACCAGCAGCAGCAGCAGCAGCAGCAGCAGCAGCAGCAGCAGGGAGGGGAGCUCAUCGAGUACAGCUGUGAAACAAGAAACAGCAGACACCCCAGCAGCAGCAGCAGCAGCAGCAGGGGGCCGUCCCUGUCUCUAUGAGCUGUAUAGACCUGCUGUUGUCCCCUCGCUCAGCAGAUACAGCGAGCUGGGGUUGGAGUCGCUGGUAGCAGAGGGGAGACAGUUGCUGCAGGAGACAAGGAGUGAAGCUGACGAGCAGCAGCAGGAGCAGCAGCAGCAGCAGCAGCUGCAGCAGCUAGCUGAUGCUAGCCCUUUUCUCGCUGCUGUUGCAGACCCAUGGCUAGCUACGCUGCUGCAGCACACCGAGCUGCUGCUGCGCCAGCUGCUGCCGCUCAGAGCGUGGCAAGGAGGAGACAAGAGAAGGAUGAGCAGCGCGUUGCCGCUGUCUGCGCGGGGCGUGCUGGCGCUGUGCAGCGUGUCUGUGGAGUUUUCUGUGUCUCUGCUGCGGCAGCAGCUAGCUAGCCAGCUAGCCAAGCACCAGCUGCUGCAUGCAGCGUUGGGGGCUACUGCUGCUCUCGAGGGUUCGGUGCUGCGGGCGGUGUAUAGUCUGCCGCAGCACGUGUUCUCUUGUUUGCUGCAGCGGGGUGGGGGGCUGGGUAUAAAGAGCAGCAGCAGCAGCAGCAGCAGCAGCAGCAGCAGCAGCCAGCAGCAGCAGCAGCAGCAGCAGCAGCAGCAGCAGCCAGCAGCAGCAGCAGCAGCAGCAGCAGCAGCAAAGAGAAGCACCCUGGGUACCCGCGCUGCAGCAACCACCAAAAAGAGCAGCAGACUGCAGAGUCCCCCGCGAGCAGCAGCAGCAGCAGCAGCAGCAGCAGCAACAGCAACAGCAACUGCAGCAGCAGAUGCAGCAGCAGCAGCAAGUAAAAGGAGAAGACCUGUACUAGAUGCGCUGCAGCAGCUGCAGCAGACAGAACAACAAACCAAUGAAACUGCAACAGCAGCAGCAGCAGCAGCAGCAGCAGCAGGGGGACUAUCAAGUGCAGCAGGCUUUGUGCUGCAGCACGCGGACCUGUGGAACAGCAGCAGCAGCAGCAGCAGCAGCAAAGGAGACAAUAUUGACGAGAAGCUGCUGCGAUCGAGCAGCAGAGACUUGCUGCAGCUGCUGCAGCGGCAGCAGAGCGGCGAUGGGCUGAUGUGCAGCAACAGCAGCAGCAGCAGCAGCAGCAGCAGCAGCAGCCCAUACAGAGAGCUGCGGCAGCAGCUGCUGCCGCAGCGUUCUCGCUCUAUACAAUCUGUGUUGUCUUAUGCAGGAGACAGCAGCAGCAGCAACAGCAGCAGCACGAGCAGACAGAACAGCUUGGAGGUGCUGCUGCUGCAGCUGCGGCAGCAAUCUGCUGAGGCUACACCGGGGGCGGGGAUAGAUGCACUGUCUGCUGCUCUUUCAUCGCGACUAGCAGCAGCAGAAGACAGAGAGACAGAGACAGGAGACAUGUGGGUGCAGCAGCUGCAGCAGGAAGCAGCAGGGUCACCUCCCACGCUGCUGCGGCGAACGCCCAGUGAUGAGAUGGCGUCAGAGGCUGUGCUGCAGCAGCUGCAGCGGCAGCUGACAGACCAGCAGCAGCAGCAGCAGCAGCAGCAACAGCAGCAGCAACAGCAGCAGCAGCAGCAGCAAACACAAGAAGAAGAGCUGCAUCAGCAGCAACUACGCCUGCUGGAGAAAGCUGGCCUCAGCACGGACUGCAGCAGCAGCAGCGUUGUGUCUCCUGUCUUUGGGGGUCUGCUGGGUGAAGAAGCAGCAAAGCAGCAGCAGCAGCAGCAGCAGCAGCAGCAACACCAGCAGCAGCAGCAACAUGAGCUCCAGCACGGACUGCAGCAACACCUGCAGCAGCAACACGAACUCCAGCAGCACCUGCAGCAGCAGCACGAACUGCAGCAGCGCAGCAGCAACGUAUAUCUCUACCGCAGUGCAGCACUCGAUCGGGUCUGCCUGGGGUUAGCAGCACGAACUCAGCAGCAGCUGCAGCAGCAGCAGCAGCAGCAGCAGCAGCAGGAGCUGGAGCAGCAAGCCCGUACUGCAGGAGCGGCAGCAACGGCAGCAUCGGCGGUGUGGGUUGUAUCUCCCCCACAGCCUCUGACGUGUCUCUGCGGAGCAGCGGGGGUGGUUUGA